CCUGCAGGGUUUUAACGUUCGUCCCUUGCCAACCCAAACAGAGAAAGCUAGGGCUUUGUUCAUCUUCGUCCGUAGGAGGAAGAAUCAACUUAAAAGGAGAGAGAGAGAGAAUUAGGUUUUUAUUGGGUUUCCAGAGAGAGAGAGAAUUCAGGGUUUUUGUUGGGUAUUCAGAAAGAGGGUGGGGAUGUUGUACAUAAUUGGUCUGGGGCUGGGAAACGAGAAAGACAUCACCUUGAGAGGUCUUGAAGCAGUGAAGAACUGCAGUAAAGUGUACAUAGAGUCCUACACUUCUCUCCUCUCUUUUGGUCUCUCCUCUGAUGGCCUCUCCACUCUGGAAAAACUGUAUGGGAAGCCGGUAACGCUGGCAGAUAGAGAAACUGUGGAGGAAAAGGCAGAUGCUAUACUGGCAGAAGCCCAAGAGUCUGAUGUUGCUUUUCUUGUUGUUGGUGAUCCUUUUGGAGCUACAACACACACUGAUCUUGUUGUUCGAGCGAAGAAACUAGGGGUGGAUGUCAAGGUGGUACAUAAUGCAUCAGUUAUGAAUGCAGUUGGAGUUUGUGGUCUACAACUCUACCGCUAUGGGGAGACAGUUUCCAUACCAUUCUUUACGGAAACAUGGAGGCCCAGAAGCUUUUAUGAGAAGAUUCAAAGAAAUCGCGCGCUUGGAUUGCACACUCUAUGCUUAUUAGAUAUACGAGUGAAGGAGCCCUCGCUGGAAUCUUUAUGCAGAGGAAGAAAGGAGUAUGAGCCACCGAGGUACAUGACGAUAGGAACUGCAAUUGAGCAGCUCCUGGAGGUGGAACAAAUGUGUGGAGAGUCUGCAUACAAAGAAGACACUCUUUGUGUUGGUUUUGCCCGAUUGGGAAGUGAAGAUCAGAUGGUUGUUGCUGGAUCGAUGAAGCAACUGCUCACCAUAGAUUUUGGGGCACCUUUACAUUGUCUUGUUAUAGUAGGUGAAACUCAUCCGGUGGAAGAAGAAAUGCUGGGUUUUUAUACACUUGGAGGAGGAAACUAGUCAAGGACUGCAUUGUUUUCUGUCCGACAGCGAUUGACUUCUUCAUAACUUCAUUGUUGUAUUGUUUUCCCUUGUCGGAAAUCGAUUCUUCUCCGCUUAUGUAUGAAUGACUAGUUUCCUGAUAUUCCAGUGUCCACCAAAGAGUUGUUAUCGUAUGAAUGACUAGUUUCCUGAUAUUCCA